AACACCAUACGCAUCUUUACAAUCAGUGCCAUGAGGCUGAGACGGUAGAACAUAUCUUUAUCUCAUGCAGGAAAUUUAUAAAAGACAUGAAAUUAUGACAUGGUUACAGGAAAAAGGGCAGGAAGAGGAAACCUUAACAGUAUAUUAGAAUGUGGAGACAGUGGUCAAGGGAGGAAACUCAUGUUUAGCUUUUUAUGGAUGACUGGAUUGGGAGAGGCUUUAAAAUGGAUCAAGACUGAGAAGGAAUAAAACCUGAAGGUGGCAAUAAUGCAACAUUGCGGAUGUCAGCUGCUGUAAAAUCCCAGAGAAGAAGAAUUUGGAGGAGGACAAGGACAGACUAGUUGGAGACUGAACCCUAAGAAUUUUGGAGACUUCAUCCAGGAUACAGUCAGUGGAUGUGAAAAAGCAGACCUACGGCAAUAAAACUGUCUAAAGAGCGACAUCUAGUGGACAACACAGUCAACAACGCAUGAUUAUUCCUUGAACCUCCUGUAAUAUUUGUUUUUUUCCACUAGAUGUCUCUGUAGAUACAUGUCUUUAAAUAUGUUCUUUGUUCUGUUAGUUUUGGAGUAAAGACUGCAGGCAGCAUGAAGUUGUCGGUCUUCAGUGUGAUCUUGAUUACAGUGGGAACCCUUUCCCAAAACCAGGCAGCUUCGCCUCCUAAGUCCUAUGUUUGUUGCACUCAGUGGUUUGACCGUGAUGAUUCAAAUGGAUUUGGAGAUUAUGAAACACUCAAAGAGCUGAGAACAGAAUAUCCAGGGAAGAUCUGCGCCAAGCCUUUAGCCAUUGAGGUUCAGACUCUCUCUGGUCUUUCAGCCUUAUCCACUGGACAGUCAUUUCAAUACUAUGACACGGCGAAUGGCUUUGCCUGUGUGAAUCGUUAUCAGGAAAAUAAAAAGUGUCUGGAUUACAAGGUGCGUUUUCAGUGCCAAUGUCCGUGGUCCCGAGCAGCUGCAGCCGUCAAGAACUAAAAGGUUCACCUGUGUCUCCCCUCAUCUUUCUGCAACAUUCUGAAUUCUUAUUGUUUCAUGUCUCUUUUAAUUAAUAACUUGAAUCUGUGUGUGUAUGAGAACAAGUGCUCAAGAACAUGUACAGAACAAACUUGAUCAAUUGCAUUUGAUUUUGAAGAUUAACUGCUUGAACAAUGAGUUUGCUCUUUAAUGAGAAACUGAUGAAACAAUAAAACAAGU